GAGGCCCCGGCGGCCCAGGCGCGGAGGGGGAGACGGUCCCAAGAUGGCGGCGCUGCAGGCGGAGCGCGGGUACGGGCUGUCCUGCGGUCGCCUCGGCCGCGGCACCCGCGUCUCCGUCUUCCACGUCAAGCUCACGGAGAGCGCCCUGCGCGCCUUCGAGAGCUACCAGGCCUGUAAGGAUGCUGUGACAUCAAAACCGGUAAUCCAGUUUCAAGGAAGCCAAGGGCACAUCGCAAUUCCAAGGCCUGAUCGACCUACGGAAGUGCGGACUUUCACAUUUUAUCUUUCAAAUAUUGGCAAGGACAGCCCCCAAGGGAGUUUUGACUGUAUCCAGCAGUAUGUAUCUAGCAAUGGCAAUAUCCAUUUGGAUUGCCUUGGAAGCAUACAGGAUAAAAUCACCGUGUGUGCUACUGAUGAAUCCUACCAGAAGGCAAGGCAAAGCAUGGCACAGGCAGAGGAGGAGACUCGCAGCCGGAGCGCUAUAGUCAUUAAACCUGGGGGGAGAUACGUAGGCAAAAAGGUUCAGGUGCGUAAACCUGCACCAGGAGCUUCCGAUGCUGUUCCCUCCAGGAAGCGCCCAACGCCAGUCAACCUUGCCAGUGCAAUAAAGAGAGGCAAUAGUGCGAUUUCUCAGAGACCCUUCAAAGAUAGGGUUGUGCACUUACUGGCACUAAAGCCUUAUAAGAAACCUGAACUUAUUCUCAGAUUGCAGAAGGAUGGACUUUCUCAGCAGGACAAGGAUUUGCUGGACAACCUUCUGCAACAGGUGGCGAAUUUGAGUGCCAAGGACAGCACCUUCACACUGAAAGAUUGUGUAUACAAAGAAGUGCAGAAGGACUGGCCUGGCUACUCUGAAGGAGAUCAGCAGUUGCUGAAGAGGAUACUUGUUCGGAAACUCUGUCAGCCACAGAACAGUAGUGGUUUUCAAGGAGAAGCGCCUUCCCUGAGUCCACCAAAAGACAAUGUGAACUCCAGCUCUCCUCCUCAGAAACGAUCCCAACCUCUGGAGUUUAUCGAUCCCCUGGCCAACAAAAAGCCCAGGAUCUCGCAUUUGGCUCACAGAACUCAGCCCACUUUCAACGGGAAACUGAAUUCCUCCAAUGGGAAGGAUGCUCCUGCCCCUGUCCUGCCGCCGGCUGUCCCGGAGUCAGUGAGCUCCAGCUCCAGCCUCCCGGUGCUGGAGCUGCCGAGGCCUCACGAUCCCCUUUCGGAUGUCAGCAAUGACCUGACUCACAACGGCAGAGACUGUGAGAACCCGGAGACGGCUGACAGACUGACUCAUCCUUUGUCAACAGACUGUCCCCAAACGAGCAAGCACAAUUGCAGCUCGUAUGUAAAAACCAAGAAAAAAUCCAAAAAGCACAAAGACAAGGAAAAGGAGAGAAAGGAGAAGAAAAAUGAAGAGAAAUGCAAAGAGGAGAAGCAGGACUGUGAAGUAAUAAAAAAUGCUGACUUAGUUAGUGUUCCCCAGGAACAAGUCACAGGUUUAAAUGGAACAUGCAAUAAUUCUAGUGUACCAACAUCAACUUCAGAAAUGCCAGAUUAUUUAUUAAAAUAUGCAGCCAUUUCCUCUUCGGAGCAGCGUCAGAGUUACAAAAAUGACUUCAAUGCGGAAUACAAUGAGUACAGAGACUUGCAUGCCCGGAUAGAGAGGAUAACUCGACGGUUUACGCAGUUAGACGCCAAGCUGAAGCAGCUUUUGCAGGGCUCUGAAGAAUACAAGACCAUCCAUGAUCAAAUUUUACAGGAAUAUCGGAAAAUUAAAAAGACUAACCCCAAUUACAGCCAAGAGAAGAACCGCUGCGAAUACCUCCACAACAAACUGGCUCAUAUUAAAAAACUGAUAGCAGAGUAUGACCAACAGCAGUUUUAGCUGGCACUAAUCUGGACUGGGUAGGGCAAAAAAAUUCACCUGGACGUUACGUUCCCUUUUAUACAACUAGAUUCCUUUCAGAGAUGAGCAUUAAUUCAUCAUGGUUGAAGAACUGGGGGAUUACUUACGAUGCCGAAUCAGUCAUGUCCGUGUCUGAGCUGGGUCGCAAGCCCAGUGCCCGGCACGGUCCUCUCGAAUUUUAGCCUCUCUGAAUGUUGGAAUGUAACAAAUGAAAAAAUCUGCUUAUUUGAAGCCAGCGUUUGACACUUAAGGGAAAACUUGCCUAAAGCAAACGAAGCUCCCAAAGGUUAAGAAUCAGUAGUUUUCAUGGAUUAAAGUUUGGCAUGAAGUGUAAUUACCCCUGGCCCAGGUCCACUGGGUUACAAAUUGUCCUUCAAAUGGUGAGGAACUGGAAUGCUGCUAGGUUACCUCCUUCUCUGGCACCUGCGACUGUUCAUAUGCAAGCUGUCUGCUCUACAUGGCACCGCGUUAAAUACACCAAGUACCCAGAGCUCUCGUUGUUUGUUCCUGCUUUUGUCAUCUCCGGUGUGUGCUCUCUUGAGGUGGUUGUGUCAGUAGGAGGGGAUCAGCCCGGGGAUCUGCACUGAGUGCCUUGUGCAGUGCAGAGGUGGAUCCUUCAUGUAAAAAAACCCAAACAAAAAAAAAAAACCCCACCAAUCUUUUUAUCCGCUUGUGCAUUUGGAAGCAGCAGGCAUAAAUAUUUUGCAGUGGCCUCUCCAGCAUGUGCAGUCCAGUCUGCCUGCAUUAACCUUCACGUACCAAUGCUGGGAAGAUUGAGACCUGUCUGUCUUUGACUUUUAUAAUUUUAUACCAAGGCAGCCAAUUUUAUUAACUGCUAAUGAGACUAUGGUCUAUUUUUGUAUAAAAGAAAAGCAUCUUUUUCUAAAACUGUGCCUCCCUUUUCCUUUUAGGCCAAGUGUUUCAGAACCUUUCCUGUCUUAUAACUGCAGUAUUACUAAAGCUUAUCGGAUAGUUACCCAGAGAAGUUAUUUUAUUACCUGUACUGACCCAUAAGAGAGGAAGGGGUGGGGGGGCGGGGGAUGCGAUGCUUUCUUCUUCUGUUUUUUGUGUAUUUCCAAAGAAGCAGCAGCAGAAAAUCAUUCUCAGAACAGGAGCCCAAGCGUGAGAGAAGUAAGGUAGCAUUUUCCCAUGCGGGUCACUUCCACUGUUGUGCUUUAUCUAGCCAGCUUCUUGGUGCAGUCUUUCUUCUUGAUUUUUUUUUUUUUUUUUUUUUUUUUUGGACUUGAAGGGAACAUUUUUAGAGUAUGGCCAGGGUGUGAGAAACACGCCAAAAAGCACAAAGGUGUCCUUUAACUCUGCUAUUUCUUUCUCUCCCCUCUCCCCUUUUAAUCCUGCCAGCCUGUGUGAUUUGACUUCUUCCCGCUUCCGUUUAUCUCAAAGUAAAGGAUUACUUUCCUGUGGCGUCUCCUUCCCUUGGAGGUUGCACUGAAGAGUCUUUCACCCUUUGAAGGAGCGGAAUGGCAGAGUUAAGGAGGGAAACAGUUCUUACACAAGGAGUAUUUUUUUUUCCGCCCUCCCCCAAAAAAGUGGGUCCAUCUGCUGUAUUUAAAAAUAAAAAAAUAAAAAAGAAGAAAAAUAAUAGUAAUUCCAUUCUGGCUAGAUCGGUUUUGCUGCAUCGUCCGGCCAGGGUCACCGCUUUGCUUUGUCACUUGCAAUGUUCUGAGUUUCUCUCCCUGCCGUGUUGCAUCCAGCGCUCACCAGGACUUUGCCAUCCUGUUCUUCAAAUGAAAGCCUACACCUGAAGGGACGUGGCUGAGCUGAAUGUUACCGGCCCGGCAGCCCUCCGGCCGUGGUCCAUGGACUGCCACUGGUCAGCCACAUUUUUCUGCUGGUCUUCAAAACCCAAACCUGUUCAGAAGCGGAGCAGUGAAGGAGUGGGGGGGAAGAGAUGUGAUGUCCAAGCAGUGUGGUGGUCCAUAGCGUGAGCACCCCGGAGAGCCUCACUAGGGAAGUCCCAACGAGCAUCUCGGGGCUUGGGGAACGCUUCAGUCCUGUCUCUUCCUCUCCAAGUAAAGAUGACUGGAGGUUAGGAAGCUGUUUCUCUUGUGGGCAUACCCAUUUGUGUAAUGUUGCCUGCCUCCGGUGCUUCUGCUCGUCGAAGAGAGAUGGAAAAUACAUGAGAGUUAAAGGCAAGGAAGGAGCUUUUGUCCAGAAAACUUUGUCCUCCUGCUCGGUGGGGUCUUGCGCCUGGUCGGUGCACGAGUUUCUUAAGCAGUAAGCGGUGGCUGGCGGCGAUGUCCGAGCAGUGUCCGACCUCAAGCCUCGCUUAGGCUCCGAUUCCAACAAACCUCCCACAGCUGUGAAUUUGUGCACAGAGGUGGAUUUCACCAGAGCUGCAGGGAUCUGGGAGGAGGCAUUAGGCUGCGUGGAGGAACCGGGAUGCCAUGCGUUCUCGGACCUGCUGCGAGAUUUGUCACUGCAAAACCCGGUCGGUGCCAGACCUGUGAGCGGCAUCGCCAGCCGGCGGUUACAAAUUCGGUGUUCUCGGUGGCAAGGCUGAAUUUCCCAGCGCCCACCCAUCGCAUCCAUCCGGCAGCACGCCGAGCCGCGGGGCUUGGUGGGACUUCAUCUCCGACUGCGGUGCGUGAGGAGCCCAAAACUCAGAUGGCAGAAGAGGCAGCAGCUACAAACCCAGGAUGAGUAAAUUCUUCCAUGGAAACACUUCUCCUGAUCCUUAAUAUUUUGAAUGGGGUUUUUUUUUGUUGCUUUGGUGGGGAGGGGGAUAGAGAUGGAUCUCAAUCUUUAUACAUCUGCUAUAAGAUAUUUUUGCAAACAGAGUUGUAUACAAAGAUGUAUUGUGUACAUUUACAUGUAUAUUCUGGAACUUCUAAAAUUUGAAUAUAAAAACUGAAAAUAUUUAAUGAAUAUCCAAACUGUGAGACCCAAUUAGCAUUCAACAACUUUCUGCUUCACUUUUCUUUUGGACUGUGUUAAAGAAUUGUAGUCGAAUCUGCCUUUUUUUUUUUUUUUUUUUUUUUUUCUUUUUAGAGAUUAUGAAGCUAGGCAAAUUUUGUGCUUUUUGGGUUAAUAGAAACCAGUUCUAGGUGAUUAAGUAUGAUCUUAACUUAUUGAUACUGUGUUUUACUUUGUAAUAUUGUACUGUGGAUAAAACUAUAUUGAGCCAUGGAGUUGGAGUUUACAAAAGAGCUUUUCACUUUGCCAAAAUGUUACAAUUUAAAGGCAGCAUAGUCUUCAGCUUUCCUAAUCUUUUCUUAAGAGCUAGUGUCUUUUUUGUACACUAAAAAGCUGAAUGCUGAUUUUGCAACAUAUAAUAAAUUCACUGUAUUGGAAAACAA